AUGAUUAGUUGUCCUUUUUGUUUAAUGUUAAACGAUCAAGACCUAGACUUUUCUGUGUUGUUAAGAAAAUUGUAUAAUGUUUCCGAUGCUGAAACGGAAAUCGAUCCGGCUGAUUUACAUCAAUUAAGGUUAACUUUAAUUGCUCCAGGUACGAAGUGGUGUGGGCCCGGAAAUGAUGCGAGCGAUUAUGACGACCUUGGAACGGAAGUAGAGACGGACAAAUGCUGCAGACAACAUGACUACUGUACAGAUAUUAUUCCCGCUGGAGAGACCAAAUACAACUUGACCAAUGAAUCUUUCUUUACUCGAUUACAUUGUUCAUGCGACGAUACCUUCAGGCAAUGCCUUCAAAGCGCAAACACUUCAACGUCAAAUAAAAUUGGGAUCAUAUAUUUCAACGCUAUUGGUACCAAAUGUUAUAAGAAAUACUAUCCCGUUACAGGAUGCAAGACGCGAGGCGGGUGGUUUAACAGCAAAUGUAUUGAGUAUAUUUACGACGAAGACGGCGAUAUGUUAUAUCAAUGGUUCGAUGUACUUAACUAUUAA